GUGGGUGUCGCUUUAUUUUCGACAUCACACAAUAUACAUAUAACUAUAUCAUAACGGUAUCCGUAGUAAAAUCACUUCGGUACCCAAUGCGCUAGUUUCUUUCAUGGUCCGCGGUCUUUUUGAUGUCAUCGGUCGUAAACCCGGGUCGAUGAACGAAUUCGGUUUAAAGAUGACGAGAAAAUUAUGCAAUGCGAAUUAUACUGACGCAUCUUUAUUUAUUUAUGGUGGUCGGAAACAAAUUUCGGCCCAAAAUGCUUAAAAUUCCGUAAAGGGAAGGAUUGUGCUGUUGUGUUUGUUUUCGGUGUUUCGGUGGUAACGAUGGCUAAUUCUCCGACGAGCAUUGAGACGCAAAUAGACAGUUUCUUGGAGCAAUUUAAGAGAAGUGCCUCUAAAGCUAUGGAGGAGCGAAUAGAGUGGCCUGAUGGUCCAUCUCCUGGUGCGGUGGUGAAGUCUCGCAGCAGCUGCUUCGCGCUGGACUCCGCAGUUGACGCGGGCUGUGAUGACUGCGGCGAGGAUGAAGGGCGGCUGGUCUCCGAGCUGCUGCUGCCGCAGUACGCGCUGGCCACGGGCGGGCUGGCGCGCGACCACCGCCCGCUCAUCACCUUCCCCGACAACAACAACUUCCAUCUGUUGACGGCGCCAGAGUACCGCAGGCUGCUGCUGUACCUCACCUCUGUGCCCUCAUUAUUAGAAGCAGACAUGGGGUUCCACAUAAUCAUAGACCGAAGAAAAGACAGAUGGAAUUCAGUCAAAACAGUAUUAAUAAGGAUCUCAGAAUUUUUCCCUGGCAUCAUCCACACAGUAUAUGUGCUCCGACCAGCCAGUUUCCUCCAGAAAGCGCUCUCGGAAGUGAGCAGCAAGCUGUUCAAAGAAGAGUUCCGGUUCCGAGUGCUAGUGUGUUCUUCGGUUGAAGAGUUGUAUGAGCACUUCGACCGGUCGCAGCUCACGCCGGACCUUGGGGGAGAGCUGCAGUAUUCUCAUGCGGAGUGGAUACAACAGAGAAUAGCCCUAGAAAUGUUCUCAACACUAAUGAAAGAGAUCUCAAGCAAGCUGGACGACUUUAUGCACGAAAUAGUGGAUUGCGACAUGGGGAACGAUCCGACACAAACCAAAGAAUUAUUAGACUGCCAGGAAACUAGGUAUAAAGAGUUGAAGACGGAACUGGCGGCAGCGACCACGCAAGGCGAGGAGCUGCUGACGCAGAUGAGGAAACCAAAUCUAACGUUUAUUAGUAAUAUUAUAAGUCAUGUGGCCGCUGUUGAGAGGUUACUAGUACAACUAGAAGAGACUGAAAAACAAUUCGACAAUUUUUGGCAAAAACAUUCCACAAAAUUAAACCACUGGCUACAAUUUAGGACAUUUUUAUUAAAUUUUAAACAAAUGCAGGCUACUUUAGACAAUCACCUGAAGGCAGCAUGUGAUAUGACCGAGGUUGGAGAAACGGCGAGUAGAGUGGAAAGUUUAAUUCAAGAGGCUAUUGAUUUCGAGAAACUUUGCAACUGUGAUCUAGAUACCGCUGCAUCCGUUAUAGACGAUGGAGAGAAGCUGAUGCAGGAUCCCCUUAGUUCAGUAGACCACAUAGAGUCCAAGUGUGAGGAGCUACGACGCACCAGCGCGCUGCUCGCCGACAAGAUACAGAAACGGACGCAACUUUUAAAUAAGGCCAGGGAACUUAUGGAUAGGAUAGACAAGGCCAACGACUGGUGCGCGUCCGGCGUCGAGAUUCUGGCCGGCGAGGGCGGCCUCAUUGCCGUGGACAAACUGUUAGAAGACGCGCAGGGUUUCGGACUAAGUGCACCCGACCUCUUCCGCGAGGCUUUACUACAGUCCGCUACGCAGGAGACCAAAGCGCUAGUCGCACAGGUGGCCCAAAGAGUAGAAGAUGUCUGGCUCAUGGCUACAGUGAAGCGAGCGACCCUCCAGCGUGCGGCGGCUAAGCCCGCGCGACCCGUGCAGUCUGUGCCACCGACCACUGUGCCAGCUGUCAACACACAGAUGGAGACAUCAGGCGGUUCGGAAAGCUCGAGCGGCGAAGACGCGGAGGCGCGGCGGUCGCGGCGCGGGCACGUCCUUGCAGAACUCCUGCAGACGGAGCGGGUCUACGUGCAGGAGCUUGGCUCCAUACUCACUGGUUACAAAGAGGAGAUCGAAAAGCCCGAGAACCAGCACCUCCUGCCGGCGACGCUGGUGGGCCAGGCCGAUGUGCUCUUCGGAAACCUGCACGAGCUCUUCACAUUCCACCAAGACGUGUUCCUUAAGGACCUGGAGCGGUCCAUAUCGGCUACCGAACUCGUUGCCCUCUGUUUUGUUGAGAAGCGCGAGACAUUCUUCCGACUCUACAGCUACUACUGCCAGAAUAUCCCCCGGUCAGAAAGACUGCGGGAGACUCUAGUUGACACCCACCUCUUCCUUCAAGCGUGCCAGCUGCGGUUAGGACACAAGCUCCCCUUGGCCGCGUACCUACUCAAGCCAGUGCAGAGGAUCACCAAAUAUCAGCUGUUAUUAAAGGACCUCCUGCGGUACAGCGAAUGUGGCUCCAUGAGCUCGAACCUCCAGCAGGCGUUGGACUGUAUGCUGGUCGUCGUCAAAUGCGUCAACGAUUCUAUGCAUCAGAUAGCCAUCACCGGCGUACCGGUGGACCUAGCACAACAAGGCGAGCUCCUCAUGCAAGGCUCGUUCCUCGUCGCGUCGGAAAGCAAACGGGACCUGCGGCUCAGAAUACGGCCGCGGCGCCGGCAUAUCUUCCUCUACGAAAAAGCCAUGCUUUUCUGCAAGCCAGCCACUAAGAACAGCCACAAUAAGGCUACUUACCACUUUAAGAAUGAUCUCCAGAUGUCACAAAUCGGGCUCACAGAGUCCGUGAAAGGCGACCUCCGCAAGUUCGAAGUGUGGCGGGAGCACCGGCUAGAAGUGCACACGAUCACAGCGCCCUCUGUGGAGGUGAAGCGCGCGUGGGUCGAGCGCAUCAAGCGGGUGCUGCUCGACCAGCUAAAGGAGCUCAAGGGGGAGCGCGUCAGGAAAUACGGCAUGCAGCAUAGGACACUAAUCCAAGCGAGCUCCUGGGACCUGGUCCCGCCGGGGCCGCCAGCCAAGCCGGCCGCGCCCGCCGCCGCGCCGCGCACGGCGUCCUGCGACUCGCACGACGAGCCGUGCUGGUCCACCGACCCCUCCGACGACGAGGACGACGAACCCGACCAGGCGCCGGCGGUGGGGUGCGCGCUGGUGGCGUUGUCGGAGUACACGGCGGUGGGCGCGAGCGAGGUCUCCCUGCGCGAAGGCCAGCAGGCCGAACUGCUGAAAGUCGGCUGCGCGGGCUGGUGGUACGUGCGGCUGGCGGGUGGCCACGGCGAAGGCUGGGCGCCAGCAGCGUACCUCGACCAGCGCAAAACAUCCCGCUCGUCCAGUCGCUCACACGACCGGUUGCAUGACCACUGACUCCACGCACCACACCAGUACCAAUUCUCGUAUAGGUCGAUAUCAGCUAAUUCGAUUAAACUAAGUCUGCAAUGAAUGACGAUCCCAAGUCCAGUUUUUGUGUAAGACGAAAUUUCGAUUUCGGCAGAUUUCGAUAUACAAUUAUGUUUCAAUCGAAAGCAAACCAAAGCUGAACUUUUUCGACACGUUUCGAUAAGAAUCCACCUUUGGUCUGACCGCGAACGCGAUGUGUAGUCAAGUCGGCAAGAGUUUUUAAGUUCACGACAUUUCAUAGAAAAUAACCCCUGAUACAUAGAGAUGCUGAGCGAGAACGACAUCUAUAGAAAGAUAUUGGGCAUUAUUAAACGAUUUCUACUAACUUGUUCAUUGCAAGCUUGGCUUAUCCGUAUUGUAUUGUUCAUCGACCUUUAUGGGUAAUAAGUUCGGGCGCCAUUGCAGCCUAAAAUACAACAUGCCUAGAAAAUACGGGGUGGAAUUGGAACGCACGUUACUUAAUGAUGGAUAAGGAAUAUGUCACAAUAUGGAUUUGUGCUUCAGUGCAGCAUUGAAGGACAGUUAGAGGUGUCUAUUAUGCUUGUCAAAUAUGUGUGGUUGGAUAUAAUUAGUACGACUUACUCUCCUUACGGGUAAAAGACGUGCAUAAAGAAUUUUAAAAACUUUCGGUAGCCAUGAAAGAUGAAAUGAUCAAGGAUUUAUGUUGGUGGCCAUGAAAUCAAGGUAGUCAAAGAUUGCCUUCAAAGCUGGAACUGUACAAUAUCGAUAAAUAUGACUAGUAGCGGUUUGAUAUAGGAUUGUAUGUAGGCACCUUGUAGAGUCACCCCACCUCGUUGUUAAUGUCGGAACAAUAAUAUUUGUUAAUUAUUGUAAAUGUUGUUCUAAAAAAGCUUUAUUGUAAAUUAGGAUUAGUCGUAGCUGAGUCGGUUAGGUAAUCCAAAGCUGAGACCGUGUUUUAAGUGCGGGCGCAUGUUCACUGCCUUUUAUUGGUGUCACACUAUGAUAUUAAGUUGAAAUUUCAAUGGCAAUUUAGGUUAUUCAACUCCGAAUACAAAUAUGCUAUUGAAAUUAAAACUCUAAAGUUCAUCGCAAUUUCAUUGCUUUAAUUUGUAUAAGAAGUAUCAAGUGUGUGACGUGGCAUUGUGCGUAGACUUUUUAAAAGGAAUUAAAUUUGGAAUUCAUGGAUUUUAUAGUCCCUUAAACAUGCAUUCCCACUUGAUGCGAGCCUGGUAGCGUAGGACGUUAAGCAAGCCGUGACUGUUUCAUAAUUGUUCUGUACAUACUUUUAUUAAUUAAUUAUAGUUAUUUAUUUGCUACGGCUUUUGGUGUUAACUCGUGCUCGCGUUUUCCAUGACAGUUGUUGUGGGUGUAUUGUACCGCUAGGGACCUGUGUAUUAUUAAAGUUUGCCCAUACUGAGUGAUUCAUGUUGUCGAUUUUCUAAGCUGAAAAUGCGACUUUUCGCUCUAUUAAAUAGCAUGGAUUGUAUGAGUCCUGCCCUAGUGUUUGUCCCCAAGGUGAGACGUAGACUUCAUAAUCAUCGAUCAUUUUCAUAUCACUAGUUAUCUUCGACAAAUUUAUAUUACCUACCUACAGAUUUUACUAAAAUCAUAUGAAGAAUCAAAUUAUGUACCUAUUUAAUAAAUUCAUACGUGUUAGUGUAAUAAGUUAAGAUGAAAUCGGGAUCCAUAUUUAUAAAUUUUUAAAUACCUUAUUAUAUUAUGUACCUGUUUAAUUGGAAGGUGCUUAAAGGUCUAAAUUGUGCAUAAGUCUGUUUAUUUUUGGCUGAGUUAUGUCCAGGGAGUUUAUUUACUUACCUAACGAUUUGCGGUAUUUGUAAAACUUUUUUGUAAUAGAAAUAUAUAUCGAAAAGAAGCUUGUGUCUGUAUAUGAUCAAAUCUGCUAAUGCUAAGAAAUGUAUAUAAUCUUAGUAUGGAUACACUGAAAUUUAAGUUUCAUUUUAUUGUAAACCCUUGGACAUUAACCCUUUUAAAAUACUUUGAUUACAUGUAGGUAUGUGUUUUUGCUAGUCGGCAUUCAUUCUUUAAUUAUAAUUUUGUUUUGUAGAUGAAACAAAAUCAUUUGUCAUUUUCAUUUCUCAUUGUGAAUGCGUAGUUGUCUUUUAGUGUCAUUUCUUGACCCGUAGUUUCAUGUACCUAAUGUGUUAUUUUCAUUUCGUGAAAAUGUUUUGUAUUAUAUAAACUAAGUUCAUUUUCGAGCUGAUCACAAUACACUUAUUGUCCAUUUGA